AUGGCUGAUGAUCUAUAUAAUGAAGGUAGGAUUGGUGAGCGUUAUAAAUUGCUUGACGAAAUGCAAAGUAAAGGCUUUUGGCCAUCGCUGGUGAUUUAUCAGGCAAAAUUGGCUGCUUUGUGUAAAGAAGGUAUGGUUGAUGAAGCGGUGAAGGUGGUUGAAGAGGAAAUGGUGAAAGGAACUUUAGUGCCCACUGUUAAAGUGUAUAAUAUCUUGUUGAAAGGCCUAUGUGAUGCAGGAAAUUCAAAAGUUGCAGUUGGAUAUUUGAACAAGAUGGCUAAACAGGUUGGCUGUGUUGCUAAUGAGGAAACAUAUGGCAUUUUAGUGGAUGGGCUGUGUAGAGAUGGUAGUUUUAUUGAAGCGAGCAGGCAAUAUGAAGCAAUGCUAUGGUUGGAGGAGAUGAUCAGCCAGGGGAAGCAGCCAGAGCCUCCUGUUUGGAGCUGCUUGGUGGCAUCUGUAUGCUGCAAUAUGGCUGACAUGAAUAUUUGUUAUAAGCCCUUUGAGCAGCGAAGUGUUGGUGAUGCAAAAAGGCCGGAAAGAUGA